AUGCAGUCUACGCAGUCGAAGACCCUACACGUCCAGUUCGUCCAUUCUGGUCCUACACAUUGUAUCCACGCACCCAAGUCUGCCAACGUGGAUCGACUUUUUACAGGAGGAGAUGACUACCUCGUCCGAAUCUUACCCACCCUGCCUCUCUCCGACGUAGAGCCGCAGCUUAUCGAAGACGCCACUGAAGCGGUGACCUCGCUCGAUGCUGACGGCCGCUUCCUCGUCACCGCUUCCGAAGAUGGCUCUGUACGCCUCUACCGACACCACCCAAUCGACGCGGAAGGCAACCCAGCAUCACCAACUGUGCUUCAAUCGCUGCUGCGCCGCGAAGCUUUGCCUUUGCGAUGUGUUGCUAUUGAGCGCUUUGUCAAAUCGGGAAAGGCUCCAAGAGUCGCUGUCUGCUCCGACGAGCUCAUUGUCAAGAUUAUCGAUGUCGAGGAUCCCAGACGCAUUCAGCUCCUUGAUGGCCAUAGCCGAGGUCUUCGCUCGGCUUCAUGGAGCCCUGUGGCUCCUUUGCUCGUCACUUGCUCCACAGACGGUGUCGCGAGGAUCACUGACAUGAGCGAUGUCGAGCCCAGGUACGUCAAAUCGAUCGAGGGCGUUCUCCCCAUCACACGUGCCGAAAGCGAUGAAGCCGCCUUUGCUUGCUGGCAUCCUUCGGGCACGUACUUUGUUAUGCCCUCCAAGGCACACGAGCUUGUCAUCAUCAGUGCGGCCAACGACUCUUCUGUUUGGUCACGAACCGGAAGCUUUGUUGCUAGUGCGGCAGGAUCCGUGCCAGCGCCCAGCGGCAGCAUCACCGCUCUCGCCUUUUCGCCCAAUGGCCGCUACCUUGCUUCCGCUACCAUCAACGGCCAAGUCACUGUCUGGGAGACAGAGAGCCGUCAAGCCAUUCGUCACCAGCAUGCUGAAGCUCUCGUGAUGUCUAUCAGCUGGCACCCCACCAAGGACGCUCUCGCAUGGUCGGAAAACGAAGGCUCUCUGGCCCGAUGGUCGGAUGUGGUAGGCACCACCCGCCCUAGCCCGUUCGAAGAAAUUAUUUUCGAUGUAUCAAAAGCUGCGCGUGGUGCUCGUGGCCAGAUCGACGACAUCUUUUCCGGUACGGGUCUUUCGGACGAUGAGGACGAUGAUAUGGUGCGAGACUCUCAUCGUGCGGAUCGAGAUGCGCAAGACCUCGACGACUUUGUGGUGGAUGACGAGUCACGCUACAACAGGUACGGAGGUGCGGAUCCUUCUUCGCGAUCCCAUGGUCGACGCGGACACAGCGCGGCCCACGAAGGCGGCAUGAUGACCGCUGCUACCCGGCCACAGCCUGCCUUCCAAUCCACCUCCACUCCCAUGCGAGGACAGCGCCGAUACCUUGCUUACAAUCUUCUCGGCUCGGUGAUUGCCGUAGAGCAGGAAUCGCACCAGACUAUCUCGUUCGAAUCAUUUGACACCUCAGCGCGACGCAAUUUCCGCUUCUCAGACAUGAACAAUAUCUGCAUGGCCGACCUCGCCAAGCAAGGCAUCCUCUUCGCUGCAAAGCAGAUGGACGAGCAGUCGAGCAGCGUUUUCUUCAAGCCGUUCGUUGCAGCUAGCAAUAAUCUGUCCUCUGAAUGGACUUUCAACUUGGACCGAGGCGAAAACGUCGAGGCGGUGGCUCUGGGAGGCAGUGGUCUGCGUACCAUAACGGAGGAUGGUUGGGAGGACCAGGAUGCUGGCAGGUCUGGAGCGGGUGUCGCUGUGGUCGCGACCUCAAAAGGCUAUUUGAGAUUCCUGUCGGCUAGUGGCAUGCAGCUCUACCUGUGGGCAAUUGGCCAUCCUGUAGUCACGCUGGCCGUUGGAGCCAGGACCGCGCUCGUCAUCUACCGUAGGACAGGGCUUCCAUCGGGAGGCUUCCAGGAACUGAGCUACAAGGUGAUCGACCUGGCCAAUUUCGACUUGAUCCAGGAUGACGUGCUGCCACUUGCCAAGGAUGCACACAUCAGAUGGGCAGGCUACAAUGAUCAGCACCAGCCUGCAUUCUACGAUUCCAACGGAACUCUCUUUGUGCUUGAUCGAGCUCACCGCUCGCGUCAAGGACGAUGGGUGCCCAGCCUGGAUACGAAACGUCUUCGAGAUAGUGCCACAGCCGAUGCUAGUGAAGCGGCUGCGCGUGCUGCAAGCACGUUAGGUUACUGGCCCAUUGCGCUCACCUCUUCCAAACUCAUGGUAUUGCUGCUCAAAGGUGGACGCAGUCAUCCCGAAGUGGACGGAACGCGGCACAUGAUUCAGGAGCUUGAGUUGCAGCUGCCUCUCAUCCACCGCGAAGGCGGCACCGGUCCAUUGGAGGAGAAGAGCCUGCGCGAGGGUAUGCUUGCCAUGACGGCUCGCGAUGUUAAGAAUGCCGGUAUCGACGCGAGCGACGACGACAUUCGGCUAGAUGCCGACACGCUCGAGAUGAGCUCGGACAAAGCACUUCUCCAGCUCAUCCAGUUGGCCUGUAAGGCUGACAAGCAUGGCCGUGCCCUUGAUGCCGCACGUGCGCUCCACUCGACGAGGACGCUGGAAGCUGCACUCAAGAUCGCAGCGUUCUUCCAUCUUUCCAGUCUAGCUGAGCGAAUGGUGGCAUUGAAGGAAGGAUUAGAAGGCCGACCUGAGCGGGUGGAGGAGGAGAGUCGACGAUGGUGCGAUCCUGCCGUGCGAGGAGGACCGAGCUACACCAAUCCGGCGCUCAUUGACAUAAUGACGCGGGCAGGUGACCGCGGUGCCAGCGGCCGGGAAGGUGCGUUGAGCGCUGCCAGCAUCCGCAAGCGUGCUUCUGCUGCGCUGGGCGAGGAAUUCUUACCUUCGACCUCUCGUUCGGUUUCUGGUGUUGCUCAUGUUUCAUCAGAACGAUUCGAUAAUCUGGGGUCGGCAUCGCCUUCCCGCCACCCGGCGGCCGGGGGAUAUGGCACGUCGAGUCGCUCACCUGCACCCACUGCAUCAUCGAGCAACAUCGACGUCACCGCUGAAGACUCGUACAGUGCCAUUCUCGACGACGACCGAGACGCCUCUUCGCUCGGAAAAGAAAACAUCUAUGGCCGGACAUCUGAAAAGCGCAAAUCACCCUCUCACGAUGAUUCUGCCGAACCCGCCUAUGGCGCACGGACGCUGGCGAUGCCGACGAUGAAAGUAGCGAAAUCGUUGAACCCGUUUGCUCGUACUUGGUCCAACGUGGCCAACCGUCGUGGCGAAGAAAAACAGAUGCACAAAUCGACGUCAUUCUUUGAACGCAUCGAGGCGUACGAGAAGGAGUCGCUCAAGACGACUGCUUCUGGCAAGCAGUCAUUGUUGACCGGGUUUGCGUUCCGCAAGGAUCAGGCUGCUGCGGGUGGUGAUGGCGGGGAAACGACAGCGGUGUUUGGCGAAACACAGUACGCGGAUGGAGAGGCGGAGGCGGAGGAGUCGCUUCAAUUGACGUUGGAACGGGCGGCGAGGGAUGCGGGGACGGGUAAUGUGAAACCUGCCGAUGAUAUCGGAGGCGAUGCUCUGCCUGAAACUGUGAGAGAUGCGGAGACGUUGGAUUCGAUCGACUUGGAGUCGGCGAAUCAUGGCGCUGUUGAGGUUUAA